CAAUGUUGACGUCGCCGGAGUGUGAAAACCUCAAAGAACGUUUCUUCCCCUCUAUGAAAUUUCGCUCUACAAUAAAAACUUCUAGAACGAAGAAAUUGUUUAGUCGCAGUUGGGAGACGAUGGCGGCAAGGUUCUUUCACGAGGAAGCAGCAUCCAGGCUUUCGGACGAAGAAACCCCAGUGUCACCAGAGCGCUGGGACAAGAAAGAAGUCACCCGCAAUAUGCCGAAGUCAUCGCGAUGUUCGCAGGCAAGGGCGCACGGAAGUACUAGCACAUCGCCAGAAAAGGUUGUCAGCCUGUGCACUCCGUGCAGAAACCAUAACGUUGUGUCUCCGUACGCUGGACACAAGCGAUACUGUCCGUAUCGAAACUGCACAUGCGACAAGUGUCAGUUGAACGAAGAUCGGCGCUGCACGAACCUUCUCCUCCGCGAUCUGCAUGCCGACGAAACGGGACGCAAACGAGCUCCUCGGAAUAAGCUACUGCAUGCAGAAGAGAGAUGUUUCGAAAGGCAACGCGACCAAGAUUCCAGUGAGAAAAGGCCCCGGUACAGCGUCGACCUCCAUGAUUGCCAACCAUCAAAGCUAAAGACGGCGAAAAGUAACAGUUGCGCCACAGGUAGAGAUGAAGAACAGAGGAGCGAGCCAAUCCCGACAAGGGAAUUUGCUCCUCGUGGCGGCGCGACAUCUGGUACCGGGCUCAGCAGCAUUGGCGUCCAAAGUUCCUGUUCCUCUUUCACCGACCUGGCUUGCAGUCAGAAUACCACCGACUUCAUGGAGCAGGCAUUUGCAAUGGAUGAUACAGCUUUGACGAUAGAAGGCAUGGGUAUACUCGAGAAAGUACACGUGACUGACGCGCCUCUGAGCGUAGUACCGACGGACAGUGACUGCCAGUGGGACGACAGUGCUCAACAAGCCGAACGUCAGCGAUCAUCAAGAGCACUACUGGCAGCUGCAGAUGGUCACGUUGACAAUGCCGUUGAUGCAGUUCUGUCUGUUGUCAAAGCAGAACGAGAUGUGAUCAAUUCCAUCGCAGGAAAUUGACAUUGGCCGAUUUUGCUGUCCAUUUCUAGCGCUGCCUGUGGAACGUAUUUCUAUGUUUUGGGUCGUUUUGCAGUGAGUACUGCUUUCAAAAAAAUGUGAUUCUUACUCCGUGUCCUUUAGCAAAACAACAAUUGCAGCGUUGGGUACCGGUGUAUCUCCAGUUUCUACUCUCACAAUAUUCUGACGCAGCCUACGUAUGGAUUAGCAUUGCAACACAUGUGUGAUGAAUGUGCAUGUUGUUCACAAUGCGUGCUUCAGCCUGGCAGCUUCUUAAAAGCGGCAUGAAUAUUCUCCACUGAAGCACGGAGAGCCAGGAGCCGCCAUGCUGAAUUCCUGUCGCCAGCUAUUCCUUGGACUAAAGAAAAAAACCGUUUACGUCCUGCAUUGAUCGCCAGGGAAUUUGACAUGGAUUACAGCCGUGUACUUGAUCCGGCUGCGGCAACUGUGCCAUGUGCUGCCUUGUAUAUGACCGAAAUGUGGCUUGAAGUUCCGAAGCCUUUUCAGAAUAUAAUACCAUUAUUUUUUUCCAUUUGUGACUCCACAUUCAUGUUAACCUAUUCCAAACAAUACACGGCUGAGAAACCGGUGAACACUUCCUAUCGUAUAAUUUCCUUUCCUUUUGUUGUGGAAGGACUCUGUAUUUUGAG